AUGGAUCAGUUUGUGGAUUCAGAAAGAGCUAAUCUGAUAACCGAAAAUAAAGCGAGGAUGUACACGUUGCGCCUGAAAAGCCCCUUUUCCAGUUCAAAAGAGGUCUACCCAAAUUACCCAUUUGACAAUGGAACCAACGGCAACUCUAUCGAAUUGGAAAGAUAUGUAAGUCAACACUGUCACAGCAGAUCCACAUCAGACGCUGAAAACAGAGAAAAGCUACAAGCAAGAAGGAAACUUUACAUUGCUGCUAUUAUUUGUCUGAUAUUUAUGGUUGGAGAAGUUAUCGGAGGCUACUUUGCUCACAGUUUAGCCAUCAUGACUGAUGCAGCUCACUUACUGACAGAUUUUGGCAGCAUGCUGGUUAGCCUUUUUUCUCUUUGGAUUUCUACACGACCAGCAACAAAAACUAUGAACUUUGGUUGGCAUAGGUCAGAGAUUCUGGGAGCUUUUCUCUCUGUGCUGUCAAUCUGGGCAGUGACAGCAGUGCUGGUCUACCUUGCUAUACAGCGACUGAUCAGCAAAGACUUUGAAAUUGAAAGCCAUGUAAUGCUUAUCACAUCUGGGUGUGCUAUAGGAGUCAAUAUCAUAAUGGCUGUCAUACUCCAUCAAUCAAACCCUUUCCACAGCCAUAGCCAUCACUAUGCAGCUGGUUAUGAGGAGUUAGAAAACAACAGAGUUGAGGAGAACUCUUCUCAGGCAAACCAGCUGGGAAACACCAGUGUGAGAGCAGCCUUCAUACAUGUCAUUGGAGAUUUGUUCCAGAGCAUCGGAGUGUUUGUGGCAGCCACUGUCAUCUUCUUUAAGCCCGCUUAUAAAAUUGCAGAUCCUAUCUCUACAUUCUUCUUUUCUGUUUUCGUUCUGGGUACGACAAUCACUAUUUUAAGGGAUGUGUUCCGUGUACUGAUGGAAGGUACCCCUAAAGGUUUGGACUUUAAUUCAGUGAAGGAAGUUCUUCUUUCUGUUAGAGGAGUGAAAGCUGUUCACAAUCUCCAGCUCUGGGCUCUGACACUGAACCAGCCUCUGCUAUCUGUUCAUAUUGCUAUAGAAAAGAAUGUGGAUACUCAAGCUGUGCUGAAGGAUGCCACGGAAAUCCUUCGAAGCAAGUUUUCCUUCCACACCACAACAAUCCAAGUUGAAAAGUUCUCAGAGGAUAUGUUAGACUGCAGCCAGUGUCGAGAUCCAAAAGACUGA